AUGGAGAUAUCUAAAAGCUGGAGUAAUGCUGACCAGAGUGAAUCAAAGCAACAAUCUGAGCUUGAGGUCAUUAAGAAGUUAGUGAAAGUGGAAUCUAAUUUAAGAGGAUGAAGAUCAGAUUGCACAGAUCUUAAAAUUAUUUAACAGAUUCAUUGAAUGAAUUAGUUGCAGUUAUGAUGAUAUUUUCCUGCCAUAUCUAUGCAAGAGAAGAGCGAAGACCCACAUAAUCAAGUAUUUCACAUUUAAAUGGUACAAAAGUGACCCCAAGAACUUAAGAGCCUUUUGUGAUUACUCUUUGCCUCUAAAAAUUCUUCAGAUGAGAAUGUUUUCUCAGAAAAAUCUACAAAGGAGUCUCAAGUAUUUUUGUCAGAUUUUCACCAGAGUGACUCAAUAUAUUUGCAUUAGCAAAUCAAUGAUAACCAACAAGCAGUUGUUAGUGCUACUAUCAGCAUGAUACCACAUUUCAGAAGUGUGCUUUAAGGAAUGAAGUUUCUCUAACCCAGUUGAGGCUGAUUACCCUCAAAAGAUGGUCAAACUUAAAUCUCUUGAUUUAAUUGGGAAUACCUUUUCCCCUUGUGGGUCGAAAAUAGAGAGUUACAAAAUCCUAUUUUGCAAACUUAAGAGCAAUUCAGACUCAGAAGUGUUUGAGAAACUUUAUGUUGAAGAUAAGCAGUUAAGUGGCUUGCAGGCUCAAACUUUGAAGGAAUAUGCUAAUCGACAGAGAAUUGCGAGUGAGUUCAUUUUUGUUACUAAUUUGGUUUAA